UAAAGCUGUUGUGACUCUCAAGUGGUGCUAAAUAGUUUCAUUCGUCAGUUGUCCUGGGCUGUUGUCUAAAUAAAUAUUCCCAGUCGAUAUUCCAAGCUCCCAAACCAUCCGGAUAUUUUUCAUGAAGAACUGAAAGGGCGAACAAAAUGCCCAGAAUAUUCUGGCCCUUGGCCUUCCUCCUGGUAGGACUCGCUCUAGCCACCUCACCAGUUCCCCACCAGACGAGCGAGGACUCCCUGAGGAGUGCCCUGAACGCUGUAACGAGAAAACAACGGUCCCUCGACGGACUUCCCCAGGAUUACUACGGCGACCUGAGGUCCUUCAAGUAUCACGGCGAGCCGGAGCGAAAGUUCGAGAGGGAGGAAAUACCAGAGAUGGAUGAAGACGAGGAUGACCUCGAAUUUCUUCCCCUAGAGAAUGGACAGUUGGAGAAUAUCGGGGUCGGAUAUCGAGGGUUUAAUAAUAAAAGAUUGGAGAGGGCUCUCAUGGAUUAUCUUGAGACAGCGCCCAUUCAAAGGGAGACAGGAUCGUCACUCUUCCGGGAGCGUGAGAGAACCGGUGCCCGAAAACGCACCCCAAAUUCGGACUAUCUGAACGGCAAUGACAGAGAAUUGGCUCGGCUAUUUCUGGAGGAGCUCCAAAAUUCACCCCCUUACGGAGAAGACCCGGAGGAUCCCGAGUACUUGCCAAUCGAGGCCCUGCAGUCACUCUACGACAGAUACAGGAUGGAGCAGAAUAAUAAAUUCGACGGUCCGGGUCCCAUGCCAUGGGGUGAAUUUCUUGCCAAAGAUCGUUCCCGAGAAGACGAUGAAAUAGAUUUCCCCGAAGGAGAGCGCCCUCAGCGUCCAAAAAAUUAUUUACUCUACCAGGUACUUCCGACCCAGAGGAGAAAUGUCAACGGAAGGUACCCCCUCGGCAGGGACUACAGGGACCUCGUGAAGCGCUUUCCAGUUGCCAAGAGGAGCGUUAAAUCCUUUCCACUGACAUCGCAGUCCACCGAUCCUAAGGUCGCCCAGGAUCUGGGUGCCCUCUUCGGUCCCCAAUCCUCCGAAUCCAACAAAACUCAAGGCCAGAAGCUCCAGACAAAGCUGAAUCACAAUGGAGACACCAGCCACAUGCACGGAAUGGAGCACAUGCAUCAGCACACAUCAGAGCGACCGGUUCCCUUCACCACCGACACCACCACAUCUCGACAGGAGCGUCUCAAGGACAAGCCCAAGGCCGGGAGCACCAAGGAGCGUCUGAUAGAAGUCAAGAAGAAGAGUGUGGACUGGUCGCAGUACUUCGGGAUCGACAGGAGGCGGAAGAAGGCUGCCCUCCUGGCCAGACCCGGCAGCCAGGAGCAGGACGACGAGUGGAUGCUCCAGAGGUACUACAGGGCAAUGGCUGACAAGCUCAAAGCACCUCCCCGGGACGUCGAGAGAACUGGAGGAGAACGGAGGGACAAAUUAGAUCAGAUGGACGAGAAACUGAGGAACGUCAAGAACGUCAUCAUCGAGGAUGCUGUGAGGUACUCGGCAGCCGACACUGACGCCGACUCUCAGGACGUGAAGGACGUUGUUAUGGCGCGAAUGGCUGCGGCUUACUCCGUGGAGAAGAUGAGGAAGGCGCUCAAUGAGUUCAGGAACAGUAUCGCUGCGCAGAGGGAGUCGCCGAGGAAUUCACCGACGAAAAAUAAUUCGAGUAAUGGGGAUAAAGAUAAUGUCGGGGAACCUGGGGGCAAUGAGAAGAGGUCUAGUAAUGCGAUAGAAGAUGAAGGAUCUCCUUAUGAAGGAUUCGAUGAAGGCAAAUUUACACCCUGUCCAGAGCUGGAGGCCAUUGAGAGAAACUGCAAACCAGCGAAGAAUCUCGUUAGUGGACUCUUCGUGCCCUGUGUGAUGCAUCAGAUUUGCAUAGCUUGUGAUGAUGAGGAGGACUGCAUGGGAGUGUUCGCUAUGGAGGCAGCUCGAGUCUGCGAUGUCCUCGAGGAGGAGGGUGGUGACGCUGGUGGUCAUUGCGCAAGAACAGCCCUUGUGAUCUCUCAGAUGCAGCCAUCCCCUGUGAGCAUAUACCUGUGUCGCAGCUCCACUGGAGACUCCUGUCUUCGUCGUUAUCAGUAUCGCAAUCGUCAUCGUCUGUCCUACCCUCGGCGACACGGGGCCAGCAGUGGAUUCGAUGGAACAAUGAAACGAUAAGGAAAACUCGGGAUAUUUUAAUGAGGUAUAUAACGCCAGUCGACGUGACAGCGUCAUAUCAAAUAGAAUCUUCCGUCUCUUUGCAGAUUGUCUGGAGAAAAAUCCAAAUGUGUAGAUCCUUAGGCGCCUAGUCAGUGUCAAACUGCGAAUUGUUCCCAUUUGUGGAGGAAAAAUUGUACUGUUGGCAAUAUUUAUCGCCAUCACUAAUACCUGAGUAAAAAUUAAUAAAUGGAGACCCGGAUGUACUCGUUUACGAACGUUUUCUAGAUUUUUUUUUUCCUCGGAGGAGCAGUUGAGGAGCAGUUGAGGAUGAGGACCUCUCAUUUCACUAUUUCGCUACUGAAUUAUAUUUUUUUCAGUGUCAACAAUACACUUUUCAAUUACACUUCUUGAUAAAUGAAAAAAAUUCAAUGAAAAACAAUGUAGAUCACGUUCGGAAGGAGUGGGUCCGGGGGGCCUUAAAUGCACGACAGAAUAAUUAUCAUUAAUUAUUUUAUCGUACGCAUGAACAAACUAAAAUUAUCCGUGGGAGAGAAAAAAAACUGGAUUACCUACAAUACUUUUGAAGACGAUUGAAGAGGACAACAAGGUCCCUCUUCCCAAAUUUCGAAAAUUUCUGGUGAAAAAAAAAUUUGAAAAUGAAAUUAUUAAUCGUGCUUAAUCCGUACAGUGUGUACCUGAAUGUAUAAUUGGUUUAGGUCGUAAGCGAAUUAUCGUAUCCCUUUUGAGUAUUUUACGUCACCCUGGAGACUCAUGCACUCGAAAUAAUGGACCUGUUUACUAUUAUUCGUAUGUUAAUUCUUAUUAUUUAUUAUUUAUUUCAAUUAAUCGUUCAGAAUAUUCCAGUUGAAUUCAAACACGCACCACUCGGCCUAACGAGCCCGAUUUCAACCUCGAUAAUUAUUUUAAUGGAAAUGAUCAACGAAGCUGAGGACAAUAAACGGUUUAGGAAAGUAUUUGCAAUCGGCUUGAGGUCUCCACUGGGUUUUCGGAUAUUAAAAAAUUGUAAAAUGCAAAGAAUGAAGACAUUUAUUGCAGUCUGCAUAUAUUAGCCGUUAGAUUCCCUGUAGAAUUUAUUUACACAUAAUACGAUUCGAUUUAGUUCGAAAGUAUAUAAUUGAAAGGUUUUAAAAAAUCGAAUAUUUCAGAGUUGAUCAAGUCGGUGGGGGAGGCAACGAAAAACAAUUUGAAAUAUUUAAUUUUGUUUUCAAUUGUCAGAUAAAUUAUAUCCUUUUACCUCCCUCUCCCCCCUCCUCCCCUCCUCUACCGACAAAUUCUUAUAUUUUCAUCUUCGUUCGCUUUAAUUAAUUAAUUAUUCCAAUAAUUUCCAAAGCAAAAUAUAAGCAUUUAAUGAAGCAGGGUUGACAAGGGUACCACAGUGAAUUGUAUAAUGCUAAAACUCGAUGUUGAACAUUAAAGUCGUUCGAUUUUUAAUGAAGAAAAAAAUUUUUAAUGUGCGACUACGGCUCAGAUGUGUCCGAGUGCGUGCGUCGUAGUAAGGUGACUAAAUUUCCCGUUCGAUAUUGCGUGCCAUGUGAACAUUAAUAAAGAUGUAUUUUUAAAUUUAAUCGCGUACGAAAAAAUUGAAUAGAAAGACGAAAAUUCAGCUAAAAGUUUUUAAAAAUAUAUAUCCAUAUAUUUUACAUAAAAUAUCGAUAUAUCUUCUUCGGUUGAGACUUAUCCAGUUAUUUCGUUGCAUUUUGCGAUGGGAAAUGGAUUAAAAAAUUCCGGGAGGAGAAGAAAAAAAAUCGAGUGAAUAAUUUUUUUCAUCGAUGGCAUUCCCAUUGAAUUUAUUCGAUUAUUAGAUCGAUUAUCCUCUGAAUGUUCUGUGUAAUGCAACAUUUUCAGUCUCAAUUCCCGACUAUAUUUUAGGAUAUAUUUUGACCUGGUCUUCUUUAAUGAGUAGCUUGAAUGAUAAUUUAUUUUUUAAUAUUAUUAAAAUAAAUCAUGAAAUGAAAAAUGGUUGCAUUGAACGUUUUGUAAAUGUUUCAAUAUGGUGCAUUAUAUAAACCUAAUGUUCUAGAUAAUUAAGAGAGACGAAUAUAUCAAGUAUUUGCGUGUCACAUUUAAUCGUGAAAGUUCGUCGAAUUUUUAAAGCUAAAGAUUAAUCAUCAAGAUUCACGCGUGAAAAUAAAUUAACAGAAGAACGUAGCCCUUUCUCUGAAUAAUUUUGUUCCCCGCGAACUCCAGGAGUCACCAUUUCACCCUUCGGACAAAAUUUCCCAGGGGAAGUGCUUCAUUUUUCUAUUAAAUUACGUCAUACGUGUUGUGAUAAAAUUGUUGGAGAACAUUUACAAGAUUUGCAGAGUGCGACUAUCGCUAAUUAAAAGUCGAACUGAUUGUCAAGAAUAAUUCAUUUGUUGAAUGCAAUCAUCAUCCGAGCUUUUGUUUAAACGUCAAAGGGAAAGUGGUACAAAGAAAAGUUGAUGUUCAUUAAUCCAAAUGAACAAUAAAUUGCAAAAAGACGUUAAUAUUCCCCAAAUAUUCGCUAUUGCACAAGGUCACAUCGUCUGACCGAUUUAUCAAGAUCCUUCGUCCUACUAUCUUGGAGUAUGAAAUUAAUAUAUUAUAUAUGAAAGACUAUAUGUACAUGUUAUGAUUCAUGAGACACAUGUAUUAGCCAUCUGUAUGUAAUAAAUAUAUUUAAACAUAA